AAGAAAGAGAUGAAGAAGAAGGGCGGCCCCAAUGGCGAAGGCAUGYGAGAGUGAGUGCUGUACUUCCAAAAUUUGAUUACUCAGAAUUGGAUCUUGCGCCCAACGAACGCUGUUCUGCUGCACAUCUCUCUCUGAUUUCCUUUCCCAUACUUCAUUUUCAUGAAACAACGCGAAAUGCAGUUCCUCCAUAAAUAUCUCGCGGCCCCAAACAAGAUCAUCUUUGUCCUAAUCGAGCUUCUUUCCACGCGUCGCCUCCAAAUUCUUCAAAAUCUGAAGCUUCCCAAUCCACCCUUCAACGAAUUCUCUCUCUCUCGCUCUUUCUCUUUACUAACCUGACUGUGAUUGUGAUUCCACUGCCAAUCACCAGCUUCCAUCUUCUCUCUGUGUGUUGCUGAGCUUGAUGAUCAUGGCGGUUAGGCCCCCAUUGGUUUCAAAUGGGGCUGGAGCUCCUUUGCGACGAACCCCACUUGGGUUCUGCUCGGCUUCAGUUUCUUCGAAGCCCAUUUUCCUCUCUUUGCCUCUGAAUACCCAAAAUCCGCAAGAUUUCUUUUGUUUGAACCAGGUGCYGCCACGCAGUUCCCGGCUGACCUUGCCUCGCCGCCGUCUUCCUCCGGUCGCCGCCGUGGAGUCCGACGUCCCUCAGUCGCAUCACCAGGUUGCUACUAAGGGACCUGAAACUUUAAGGGACAGCAAGGGGUUUGAGGACUGGAGUUCAUUGACAGCAAAGUUCUCCGGAGCAGCAAAUAUCCCUUUUAUGUUGUUACAAUUGCCUCAGAUUAUCCUUAAUGCUCGAAACCUUUUAGCUGGAAACAAAACUGCGCUUUUGGCAGUUCCAUGGCUGGGUAUGUUAACUGGUUUGCUUGGGAACCUUUCACUGCUGUCGUACUUCGCAAAGAAGAGGGAGAAGGAGGCCAUGGUGAUUCAAACAUUAGGAGUAGUUACAACAUAUGUGGUUUUAUCCCAGCUGUCAAUAGCAGGAGCCAUGCCCCUGCCUCACUUUGCAGCCACAUCGGCUGUUGUGGCUUCUGGUCUUGUUAUAAACUUUAUGAAUUACUUUAAUGUUCUUCCUGUACAAAUCUUGAAUUUUUGGCAAGACUUCAUCACUGUUGGUGGAUUAUCUGUCCUUCCCCAGGUUAUGUGGUCUACUUUUGUUCCGUUCGUACCAAAUAGUAUCUUGCCUGGAGUAUCUGCUUUGGUCGCAGCUCUGCUAGCAGUUGCUUUGGCACGAGCUGGAAAACUUCCUGAGAAAGGUGUGAAAAUUGUUGGAGCAUUAUCUGGAUGGACAGCAACACUUCUCUUCAUGUGGAUGCCGGUUUCACAACUGUGGACAAAUUAUCUGAAUCCUGAGAACAUCAAAGGCUUAUCAGCUCUCUCAAUGCUUCUUGCCAUGCUUGGAAAUGGUCUUUUACUCCCACGUGCGCUUUUUAUUCGAGACUUAAUGUGGUUCACAGGUUCGGCUUGGGCAGUUUUGUUUUAUGGAUAUGCUAACAUUCUAUGCUUGUACUGUUGCAACGGCGUGAGCAUGGAGUUCUUCGUCGCAGCGACUGCUGGUCUGGUCUCCUGGAUAGGCUUUUUCUUUUGGAGAGACUCUGUGGUAUAUGGAUUCCGCACACCUCUAUCAUCUGUUAAAGAGCUAUUUUUCGGAUCRUAACCACSAAGUUCGAGCUUGGAGAGAGCCAGAUUUUCAAGCUUUGAGAUAAAUACAGCACUUCUCCAUUAAAAAUAGUCUCAAAGGCUUUUUGUUGAUGGCUGCAACUGGCAAACAACAGUUAGAAUUGAAUACAGCUGAAGCAAGAACAGGGUUUUGAUAGGGAAGGAAUCAAUCUAAGCAUCUUUUUUCCCUUUAGAAUAUGAAGAGCGCUAGGUGAUUUUUCGAGUACAUAUUAUUCUGAUUUGGAAGAAAUAUGUACAAUAAGGACCGAAAUAUGUUCAUCUAAUGAAAUCAGAUGUUAUCAUCAUGCUAUAUUUUUAGGCUUGUAUUAGGAACUAGAAUAAUUAAUAAAGAAUCAAAA